GUUUUCCCAAAAUCUGGCUCUUGGGUAUGGUGCUCCAUCGCUGUUUCUGCCUCUGCAUCCCGAGAAGGAAGCGGGGAGGCUCCAUCCCAGCUGCUUCAAAGACCAGGCACAGGCAACUCCCUCCCCCCAACCAGAGCUUGGGUAGGAGGAGCUUCAGGCGCUGGAAGGGGCGGGGCCAAGCUCAGCGGAGCCGUCCGCUCCGGAGAGCUAAGCCUGCUUCAGUCCGGAGGGGUGGGGUGGCGUCUGGGGGAAGAGAUUUGAUGGAGAGGCCAAACUGAAAGAACCCUGCUUGCAAACUGCUGGCUGGUCCCCUCCCAGCCCCUUGCCGGACUGCCAGGAAGGCAGGCAGAGAGACAAAGAGCCUCUUGGAGGAGGACCCAGGAGGACCGGAGGAAAAGAGGGGCGGUGGAUCUGCAGAAGAAACAGGAUCUGGGGACGCCCUGAAGGGGUGUGCAAAAGGUCGUUGUUCCUGGAAGGGCCCUGGGAGUCCCUGAAGGCGCCAGGAAUUAGAUCCCACAUUCUGCAAAGGCAGAAACGGCCGGAUUCAAGAAGGAGGGAAGGAGAAACGGAAAUCCAGGAUUUAAUGCCCUGGAGAUGUCCCUACCCCAAAGGUUCUCUGGGUCUGAAAGUCAAGUCAAAAGAUCUAGCACGGAAUGGCAUGUCCACCAGGAAUCCAGUAGGGUAGAGGAUUAGAACCCGGAACUCCAGAGGGCAAAGAACUGGGAUAUAAUCUGGAACUGUCAUGCAAGACUGGACAUCUAGAAGGGCAAGAAGCUAAAGGGUGGGUGGUGGAAUCCCAGCCUCUUGGCUGGAACAAGGAGCUCAAUUCUGGAAUUUCCAGGGUAAAGUUUUUUUUUUAAAAAAAACAAACAAACGAAACCCCCUCUGGAUUCUUCAAGAACUGUGGAUCUAGAACUAAGAUCCAGAAAAGCAAGAGAGAUAUAUCAAGAUCAGAAAUGGACCAUGUAGAACCUGGAAUGGGCCUGUCCUGGGAUAUCUAGAACCUUGGAAUGAAGAAAUCGAAGGGAUCUAGACUUGUCUGGAAACUGAGAGCCGAGUGGCAUGGAACCCAGGAGUCCUGAGGGGUGAAGGGGGCCUGAAAGGAGAGUGGGGUGCAUUCAGGGUCCAGGAACAGUGAACGUGACACAGGAGCUGGAGGGCAAAGCAGACUGAGCCCAGGCGUUUGAUUUGGGCAUCUGCCGCCUUGGCAGGAUCUGGAGCCCCUGAGCCCAGGAAGGGUCAGAGGCAAGGUGGCCCAGCCUGAGUCCUGGUGAGCAAAAAGGGUCAAAGAGCAGAGAGCACCCCGAGUCACAGAGAGCUCCACUAACAGCGGCAUCUUGAGGAGGGUGGCACGGAUGCCCUCUCCCAUCUCUGCCUGAGCGCUGCAGCAUUUCCCGAGUCUGAUUCCUUUGGCGGGGGGGGGGGGGGGGCGCGACGGUGGGGGGGAAGGAUGUUCUGCUGCCUGCGUCUCCGAUGCCACCUCCAGCCACGCUGAACUUUUGCUUGCCACGCAGCAGCAGCAGCAGACCAGCCGCCGUGCAGGCGAGGGGGCUCUGCUGCGGUUGGGCCCCCCCUCCAUGGCGCCCGGAGGAGCAGAGGGCUCAGGGGGCACCUGGGGGCCACGAUCCAGCCAGGCGAGCCUGAGCAAGAGGCAGGGGGCUCAGAGAGGCGGGGAGAUGGAGCAGGAUGGCCGCGGCUGCUCUCUGGGCCCCUGAGACACUGAGCAGAAGGGCUUGCCAAGCCGUUUACCAUGGAAAGCCUGCUGCUGCUGCUGGUCCAGCUACUGAUGGUGGGACGCGCAUUGGCCCAGGUUGAGGGCUGUCCCUUCCACUGCGUGUGCCAGAACCUCUCCGAGUCACUCAGCACCCUCUGCGCCAACAAGGGCCUGCUCUUCAUCCCACCCAACAUUGACCGCCGGACGGUGGAGCUGCGGCUGGCUGACAACUUCAUCCAGGUGGUGGAGCCGCCCGACUUCCUGAACAUGACAGGCCUGGUGGACCUGACCCUGUCGCGCAACACCAUUGACACCAUCCGGCCCUUUGCUUUCGGCGACCUGGAGAGCCUCCGCUCACUCCACCUGGACGGUAACCGGCUGACCCACAUCCAGGAGGAGGCCCUGCGUGGGAUGCUCAACCUCCAGCAUCUCAUCCUGAACAACAACCAACUGGUGGACAUCUCGGUGGUCGCCUUCGACGACUUCCUGAUGACCCUGGAGGACCUGGAUUUGUCCUACAAUAACCUGCACCGGGUCCCCUGGGAAGGGAUCCAGGGGAUGCUCUGCCUCCACACCCUCAACCUGGACCACAACCUGAUCGACUUCAUCAUGGAAGGGGCCUUUGCCGAGCUCUACAAGCUCUCCCGCUUGGAUAUGACCUCCAACCGCCUUUACACGCUGCCUCCCGAUCCACUCUUUGCCCGCUCUCAGGUCGGGGUCAUCAGCCCGACCCCGUACACCUCCACCAUUGUGCUCAGCUUUGGCGGGAACCCUUUGCACUGCAACUGCGAGUUGCUGUGGCUGCGCCGCCUGGUGCGGGAGGACGACAUGGAGACCUGCGCCUCCCCUGCUCAGGUGGCGGGCCGCUACUUUUGGUCGGUCCCUGAGGAGGAGUUCACCUGCGAGCCGCCCCUCAUCACUCGCCACACCCACAAGCUCUGGAUCUUGGAGGGCCAACGGGCCACCCUGAGGUGCCGGGCCAUUGGGGACCCUGAGCCGGUCAUCCACUGGGUCUCCCCUGAUGACAAAAUCAUGUCGAACUCCUCCAGGACCAUGUCCUUCCGCAAUGGCACAUUGGACAUCUUGGUGACCACCAUCCGGGACGACGGGGCCUACACCUGCAUCGCCAUCAACGCUGCAGGGGAGUCCACGGCCACCGUGGACCUAAAAAUCAUCCCCUUGCCUCACCGGGGGAAUGGCAGCAUCACUGUGCUACAGCAGGACCCGGGCUCCUCCGACAUUGCCACUUCGGCCAAGACGUCGGCCAACGCCAGCGAAGGGGGCUUCGAGAAAAGGGUGGAGGUGUCUGAUGUGACGGCCAGCUCAGCGCUGGUACGGUGGGUGGCUGACAAGUCAGCCUACGCCGCCUGGAUGUACCAGAUCCAGUACAACUGCACUGUGGAUGACACUCUCAUUUACAGGAUCAUCCCUGCUACCAGCCGGCAUUUCCACCUCAAGCACCUGGUGCCCAGUGUGGAUUACGACCUGUGCGUCUUGGCCAUCUUUGACGACGCAGCCACCUCCCUGGCAGCCACGCACCUUUUGGGAUGCGCCCAGUUUGCCACGCGGGAGGCCUACCCGGACUGCCACUCACUGCACGCUCACUUCCUGGGUGGGACCCUGACGGUGAUAGUAGGGGGCAUCAUCGUGGUCACCUUGCUGGUCUUCACCGUGGUCAUGAUGGUGAAGUACAAGGUGUGCGGCAGCGCCCAUGGCAGCCUGCCCAAGGUCACCAACGUCUACUCGCAGACCAACGGUGGGCACCCCAACGGCCUGCUCCCCCUGCGAACGCCCCCCAAGGAGCGGGGCGCCAAGCACCGGCGGGUGCGGGCCAAGGCUGCUCAGCCUGAGCGCAGGACGGGAGACAGGGUGGGGGGAGCGGCGUGGGGGCCCCCCAGCACCCCCGCCAAGACCAAGCGCAGCAACUCCCUGGACAUGGGAGACGUCUCCUCCAGCUCCUGCUACAGCUACGCCAAGCGCCUCAGCUUCAUGUGGACCAAGCGCAGCCAGUCGGUGCACGGGAUGCUGGCUCAGUGCGCGGCCUCUGAGGGCGAAGCCAAGCGCCUUGGACCCUUCCUCAACGCGGACGAGCUGGAGGAAAGCGUGGUAUAGCGCACACGCCCCCUAGGCUGGAGGAGAGAACCUGCGUGUGCCACAAACCCACCCUCGUGCGUCUGGCAGUGGGCAUCGGGCGGCAGUUGACACCUGGAUCCCAGCUGUUGGUGGCGGGGUGUGUGCGCUUAAAGGAGAGCCCCUCAUGCCGCGACUAAGGUGGGGGUGUUUCUGGCUGUGUAACAGGCCUUGGCCUGGCUUGGGGACAGAAACAAUAGAGGCUAAAGGCUUGAACCCGGCUCAGGAGUUCCAGCAACCACAACAGCCUGACUCACUGCUGGACUGGGCAGUGGGGUGGGGGAG